ACGUCUGUAGUUUGUGGUUGUGCUUGAAUUCAACUUCAGUCAAUCCAUUGUGCACGGACAAAAUCGCAGUGACGUGACAGAUCACAGCUGUAAGUGCAUGUGCUCUGGGUUUGUUUCAUAAACUUUAUCGAAUUUGUUAGUGAAGUGUUUAGACUUUUUAGUUACUAACUCGGAACAUGUAAAAACUGUAUUCUGUGAUCUCUUCUGUGUUGUGAUAAAUUAGAAACGAAUUUUAUUUAACUAAGUGCAUUUUCUAAGGCCCUUUGGUGAUGAAACAUUGAACUCCUGGAGAUCAGCCAAGAUCGGCAUAUUUUGCGCCAACUAUGCUAAGAUUUUCGCCAAGGUAGUAAUGCGCUAGUCUGUAUAAAAGAGCUAUAGCUCAACAUGACGAACACCAACGGAACUGCGCCAGCUACAAACUCUGCAGCUGAUACCAGCCAUGCAGCCUCAACGUCCAGCUCUUCCGCUCAAGGAGGACACUGCAAAGGGCAUCGUAGGCAGGAGUCUAUGUACACAAUGACUGGUCUCUACUCAGAAACCAUCCCCGAAACAACGGAAAUUGCUGAGACGAAGUGUUCAACGAAUUUCUAUCAUGACACAGUCAUUAAAUGCCACAGUAGAAACCCUUCGGCUAGUUUUGACAGAGAUAAAGCUGCACAUACGGCUACUUAUACUGAAACACCUGUGAUAUUAAAGAAUACAAAAGAAUGCGGCAUUUUCCAAUGCCGGCCUUCGUUUAUACAAAAAUAUGCAGGAAUUAAGUCCUUCGUAUUACUAUUGUCAUUUCUUGUUACCUUACAACAAGCAUUAAGUUCUGGAUACAUAAAUUCUGUGAUAACAACAAUUGAAAAACGGUUUGAGAUUCCAUCGAGUCUAUCCGGCCUGGUGGCAUCAUCGUACGAGAUAGGCAACGUCAUCACUGUUAUAUUUGUAAGUUAUUUAGGUAGCAGAAGGCACAUCCCCGUUUGGAUUGGUGUUGGAGCUGUCAUCAUGGGCAUAGGAUCACUUAUAUUCAUGGUUCCACAUUUUAUCGCUGAAGAAAAUAGCGGCGUAACAAUUGUGAACACGACUGAAGAAAAUAUGUGCAGAACUGUCUCUGUCCAUGAACAAGAUAUGGGAUUGGGAAGGUUGUCGUCAGGGUUGUCUUCUCCCCCUUUAGCACCAAAUAAUCUUCGCGGUGAUAAUUGCAUUCAGGGUACUCCAUCGACUACAGGACCAGUAUUGUUGUUCGUUCUUGCACAAUUAUUAUUAGGUUGUGGCGGAUCUCCUCUUUUUACUCUUGGAACAACAUAUAUAGAUGAUCACGUUAGACCAGAGAGCUCUUCAAUAUAUAUAGGUUGUAUGUAUAGUAUGGCAGCUUUUGGUCCAGUACUUGGAUUUUUACUGGGCGCCUAUUUAUUAUCUUUUCACAUGGAUUCGUUUACUCACAUCAUCUCCAUAGAUCCUGGAGAUAGCAGAUGGGUCGGCAUGUGGUGGGGAGGGUUUUUGUUGUGCGGGUUACUGCUGAUAAUCGUUUCAGUGCCAUUUUUCUCAUUUCCGAAAGUUCUCACCCAUGAAAAGGAGAAAAUUCGACUUAUGGAAAAAGCUGCUGCAGCAGUUGCCUCUUCCGGUACUAGUACUGCUGCGGCUGGUGGUACUAAUAAAAAUGGUAAUGCUGCUACGGUAAACGAUACUGGAUAUGGAAAAGAUGUUAAAGAUAUUCCGAAGUCGAUGUGGCGACUUGCCAGUAACCCAGUUUACAUUGUAACGUGUUUAGGUGCCUGCAUGGAACUUGUCAUAGUAUCUGGAUUCGUUGUUUUUUUACCUAAGUAUUUAGAAACUCAAUUUAGUUUAGGAAAAAGCCAAGCAAGUGUUUUUACCGGAUCUAUUGCAAUUCCUGGUGCUUGCAUAGGAAUAUUUAUGGGCGGAGUAAUCUUAAAGAAGAUGGAACUCCGACCAAAGGGAGCUGUGCAAUUCGUUCUUAUAUCAAAUGCAAUUUGUUUACUGUGUUACGGACUUCUAUUCUUCCUAGGGUGUGAUAAUUUAAAGAUGGCUGGUACAACGAUACCAUACUUCAACAGUACACAACCAUUUCAAGUCAAUUUAACUUCAUCUUGUAAUUUUGGUUGUGAGUGUAGUAUAAACGACGUCGAACCUGUCUGUGGGAAUAACGGAUUGACAUAUUUUAGCCCGUGUCAUGCUGGUUGUACUUCCAUAUUAAGUACAAACUAUACCAAUUGUGCCUGUAUACAUGGAAAUGUGACAAUGAAAGACGGUGUAACUUCGUCCAUUAGCAUCGCUUCCCAGUUAGAAAGCGAAUACGCGGAAGUCACCGUCGUGCCUGUUGCAACUUCAGGUCCAUGUAAUUCUUCUUGUCAUACCAUAUAUCCAUUUUUGAUAUUAUUAUUCUUUAUGACAUUUAUUGUGGCAGUCACGCAGAUGCCUCUACUCAUGAUAGUGUUAAGGUCUGUCAAUGAAGAGGAGCGAUCUUUUGCGCUGGGAAUGCAAUUUGUGAUAUUCAGGUUAUUUGGGUAUAUCCCAGCUCCUAUUUUAUUCGGGAAUUUGAUAGACUCAACUUGUCUGUUAUGGAAAAGCACUUGUGGCGAAAAAGGUGGCCGUUGUUUGUUAUACGAUAUAGAACAAUUUCGAUAUAGAUAUGUAGGAUUAUGCGCUGGUAUUAAGACGUUAGCACUUGGAAUAUUUUUAGUCGAUUGGUGGUUGGUUCGACAUCGCAGGCAGCUAGAUGAGGACAAAGUCAUAACCGCCAAUGAAAUCGUUGGAUCAAUUAUUAGUCUAGAUAAAUUAUUUGAAGAAAGACAUGAAAGCGGGCGGCACACUCGAAACCCUAGUUCCGCCAGCGCCUGUGAAAUCUCAAGGCCUCCUAAGCCUGCCAAUGAAUCUCAGGACGCCGGCAUAAACAAAGAGUCAAGCGACUUACAAACUGAGGAACUACCAGAAGCUGUGAGCAGUUCUGUACCUGAACAAUAUAUUGUAGCCGGAAACGGCAGUUUAAAAAGACGCCACCCGUAGACUUAACCUUUAAUCUCUGCACAACUUAAUAUUUAAUCUUAUAUUAGUUUUUUUACCGUGGUAGCCGUAUAGUAUCUCAGGUUAGUCCUUAAAAUAUGACUGCGCCAAUUACAAUUACUUAUUUUUAUCAUAUGUAGUGUGUUGUUAUUUUCUGGAAUAUUGAACGAAAUAGUAGUACAUCCGUAUGUACUGAAACCUGAAGACCAACAAUUCUUAGAGAAUAACUCACUUAUUUUACUUUCUUAAAAUAUGACUGCGCCAGUUACAAUUACUUAUUUUUAUCGUAUGUAGUGUGUUGUUAUUUUCUGGAAUAUUGAACGAAAUAGUAGUACAUCCGUAUGUACUGAAACCUGAAGACCAACAAUUCUUAGAGAAUAACUCACUUAUUUUGCUUUUUCCAGUCUGGAUCCGACUGCAGUUUUUCUGCCCAGUAUCCGGCUACGUCUACACCCUUCUUUUCAUCAUCAUCAUCAUAAGUGGCUCGACAAUCCGUUGUGGAUCUUGGCCUACUCGCAAAGAAGUAGCCACUCCUGCCGAUUCCUGGCAACUUCCCUCCACCUUCUGAGCCUUAAAAUCUUUAGGUCUUCUUCCACAUCAUCAAUCCAUCUUGUUCGUGUCGUGGUCGUUCUCUACUUGUGCCCUCUGGUUUUGAAAAUGUUAAUCUCUUCGUGUAUUCGUGAUCUGCCAUCCUAGCAAUGUGUCCAGCCCAUCUAAGUAUCUGCACUUGUAACUAAUUUCACAAUAUCUGGAUCGGUGUAUAACUGAUAUGGUUCAAAGUUGUAUCAUCGACGCCAUAGCCCACUUUCAUUUACGGUCCCAAAAAGAUUUUUUCUCUUAAAUAUACCAAGAAGUCUUUCAUCAUUUUGAGAUGAUAAGGUCCACGUUUCAGCCCCAUAUAUCAAAACCUGUCUUAUUAAGGUCUUGUAUAUAUUGAGCUUUACUGCACGUUUUAUAUUUUUAUUGUUUUUAAAUGUUUCUGAAGACCGUGACCAGUUCUGUUUGCUAUUGCUAUGCGUCUUUUUAUUUCGUCGCUUGUCGUGUUUAUUGAGUUUAUUAGCGAUCCAAGAUAUAUGAAUUCUUCGACUUACUCAAUCGUAUGGUUGUUGAUUUGAAUUUUCUGUUGGAUAUUUCGGGAGUUUGUAGACACCAACAUAUAUUUGGUUUUUUCCUCGUUUACAAGUCCUAAUUCACUUGCCGCGUCCGCAAGCCUUGUAAAUCACUGCACCAUGUCUCUCAUACUUCUGUCCACUAUAACUAUAUCGUCAGGGAAUGCGAGAAUUUGCGUCGAUCUAUUAAAAAUAGUUCCAUUCAUUCUAAUAUUUAAUUUUCUGACUGCCUUUUCCAAGGCAAUAUUAAAAUGGAGACACGCCCCACUGUCUGAGACCAUUAUUAAUGUCAAAGAACGUCGAGUUUUCUCUUUGAAUUCUAACGCACGAGCUUAUACAGGGUGUUCAGAAACUCUACCGACAAACGAAGACAGGAGAUUCCUCAUAUAAUUUUAAGACAAUUUAACCAAAUUUACCUAGUCCGACAAUAUUUAUCUUCCAGAGAUAAAUCGAUUCCAUCCAUUGUGAAUUUCUAGUACCAGUCAUAGGCGCCCGUUUUGGGUGGGGCAACGGCUGUUUUAUCGCAUAACUUUUUUGUCUUUAACUUUUAAGCAUUUUUGAUACUGGAUUAUUAAAUUGUGAGGUAUUUUAGUACUAAAAGGUACUCUUGCUUUAAGUCGGUAGGACACACCGUUUUCUAGAAAAAUCGGUUUUAAUUUUUCGUUUCCUGAAUUUGAAGAAAAAUUUAAAAAAAACAGUGUAUUUUACCAACUUAAAACAAGAGUAACUUUUAUUACUAGAAUACCUCGAUAAUUUAAUAAUCUAGUGUCAAAUUUUUUUAAAAAUUAAAGACAAAAAAGUUAUGCGAUAAAAUAACCCUUGACCUACCCAAAACUGAUGCAUAUGACCAGUACUAGAAAUUCGCAAUUAAUGAAAUCGAUUCAUCUCUGGAAUAUAAGUAAACGUACUAGUUUUCGUUUUUCUAAAUGGUUUUUUUUUGAAUUUUUUUUUUUUGGAAAUUCAAUAAACGAAAAAUGUUCGAAUCGAUUUUUCUAGAAAACGGUGUGUUAUACCGACUGAAAGCAAGAGUACCUUUUAGUACUAUCAUACCUCAUAAUUUAAUAAUCCAGUGUCAAAUAUGCUUGAAAGUUAAAGACAUAAAAGUUAUGCGAUAAAAUAUCCGUUGCCCUACCCAAAACGGACGCCUAUGACCGGUACUAGAAAUUCACAAUAAAUGUAAUCGAUUUUUCUUUGGAAGAUAAAUAUGCGUACCAAUUUUCAUUUUUCUAAAUAAAAGCGUUCUGGAGUUAUUUAAGAAAAACUAAUUACAAGACGCCAUCUUCAAAGAGCUCUAGCUCCCUUAGGAAGCAUUUUCGGACUAGAAGAAUUAGGUUAAAAUAUCUUAAAUUUAUCUGAGGAAUCUCUUGUCUUCGUUUGUCGGUAGAGUUUCUGGACACCCUGUAUUUUGCAUUGUUAGUUGGGUCAACUUAACUGACUUAGGAGGGAUUCCAAAGUCAAUCAUUGCAUUAUAUAAUGCAGUUCUUUUAACACAGUCAUAGGCUGCUUUGAAGUCGACGAAGAGAUGAUGUGUCAAUGUUAUAUUCUAGUGACUUUUCUAGCAUAUGUGCUUGAAUUUGAUGAUGUAUAGUUGACUUUCCAGCAGUAAAUCCUCAUUGAUAUUGACCAAAAAUAUCCUUUGUGAAAUUAUCCAAAACCUUUUCAAGUUUUUCAAACAAUACAUUGUCGAAGAUUUUAUAAGCAAAUGCUAACAGGGUAAUGCCUCUGUAUUUCUUACAAUCCAGUUGAUCACCCUUUACACCCUUCUUUUAUCAGCCAUAAAUUAUCAAGGGUGCACUGUGAUGCGCAGUCUGCAUACUCUCAGGUGCUCCACAUUCUGUAUUUCCCCACAUUCACAAAUCGUGUCGUUCUCCUUCUUUAUACUCCAUUUAAUGAAGUUCUGUUUUACAGGGUCACAGUAUAAAGAGGGACAGUAGAACCACUCUCCGAAAAAUUUGAAGUAAAAUCUUUUGCUCCCAGUCGCUUUUGCCCCACUCUCGCAUUGCUAGUCGCAUAGAAACGUACGGAUUUUAACAGGGAAAACCCGCAUCCAUCACUGGUGAAUUACCAAUUGCGUACGCGUACUGCCGGUAUUACUUCUUGAGAUCAAAGUGCCGACAUGGAAGCGGUUUUACUGUCACAGGGUGUUGUAUGCGUAUGCGGUUGACUGUCCGCCACGUUCUCCAAUCUGAGUUCAUUAAAUUAAGUGGUUUUGGGUAUAAGAUGAACAGAUCAGGAGGUCCUACGCUGACGUUGCUCAUAAACCUUUUCCUUGAUUUAAGCCGGCUGGUUCCUGGCGGUUCGUCAAACUCGUAUAAUUGAUGCCUUUCAUGGAAAGUUUGCCAAAACUUCUCCAGAUAUUGCGAGGCGCAUCUACGGUCUUCUGGUGAUUCAAAUCCAGCUGCCCGGUACAGUAGGGAUACAUGGGUAGGUUUCAUAGUUAUUCUACAUAUUUCAUUUAAUGCAGUGGUGGCUUGUUGGGCGUGCCUAGAUCUACCCCAUACGGGACAGGCAUAUUCCCCUGCUGAGAAACUUUAAACGUGUGGGUUUACACCGCAUUUGCUCCCUACAAGUUUCCGGAGAAGGUGGUUUCUUGUAGUAACCUUUUGUCUUGUACUCUGACAGUGGAAUUUAUGUUAGUGACCGCUCUAGUAUCCAAGACUCCAAGAUAUUUGGGUCUGUCAGUAUGUUCCAAGUGCUAUCCCCCCAAGAUACAUUCAGUUUUACAUGCGCCAAAUGGUUGUUGAAAUGGAAUGCAUAUACUUGAGUUUUAGUAGGGUUUAGUUUUAAUGAGUUUUAAGAAAAUCUACGGUUUCGUUUUGAUAUAAAUCUGUCUCCCUCCAUCCCCCGAUAGUACUAUUUCUAGGUCUACCUGUUGUUAAAGAGGCUUUGAGGAAGACAAAUUUACACCAACACGACCGUAGUUUCUCGAUAUUAUAAAUUAAAACUAUUUAUAUCGCAGUAUGGUUAGAACGCCCUCUAACGGGGAAUAAGUGAAAUGAAUUUCGACUCGAUUCAAGUUCUCUGUUUAACCCAGGUAUGACAAUACCAAAAGGCACCGUUAGGAAAAUAUUCCAAUUUACGGUUCAGAGAACCUGUAUGAAACGAGUCUGUGUACUCUAACACAGAGUAUGGCAUUAGUAAAAUAAGAAAAUCUACGAUUUCGUUUUGAUUUUAAAUCAAAACGAAACAAAUCAAACCGUUCAAAUCGUUCAAACGUUCAAAUCAAAACGAAACCGUAGAUUUUCUUAUUUUACUAAUGCCAUACACUGUAUCAUGUUUACUGUAUGCCAUACACAGACUCGUUUUAUACAGGUUCUCUGAACCGUAAAUUGGAAUAUAUUCCUAACAGUGCCUUUUGGUAUUGUCAUACCUGGGUUAAUGAUUUUUGUUUGUAGUAAGUUGACAUUACGUUUAAAGCCUCUUCUAUUGUCGAUUCUAAUUGUGUAAGAGUUCCAAACUUGGAAAAAGUUUACUCGAAUAAUUAUAUUUCGCGCCAUAUUGCACUGCCAUGGCUAAAGAAACAUUCCUAAGUUCAUUCCUCUAUAUACUCCAGGUCUGUUUGUAAAAAAUUGAGCAAAAGAGGAGAAAGUGCACAACCCUGUCGUACUCUCAGCUUUAUCUGCAUAUCACAUGUUAUUUAUUAAAAACAUGUCACAUGUUAUUGAGUUGACUGGUUCAACAUUUUGUCUCGGCAAGUUUUAGUUUUGAGGACUUACCUGUUAAAUAUUCCUUAGUUAAUUUACAUACAUUAGUAUAUUUUAACUUAAUUUUGAAUAAUUUACUUAUAACGAAGUGAUAUUUUAUUUUCUAGGUUAACUAAUUUAAAAAAAUCUACAGAUUUGCUAAAUUUAUUCUUAUAGAUUAGUUGCAUGCAAAAGCAACAUUGCUACUGGAUUUUUAGACUAAAAGGAUCAAAUAAGUCAAUUGAUUAAGCUGCAGGUUUCAAAAAUGCCUUAGUAAAUAUUAUAAAUAAAUGCAUGAUGCAAUAUAAAUUAUAUUUUUUUAAAAUUUCGUUCGCUAUAUACAUAUCAGUCUUGACAAAUACAAAGAAUACCAGCAAGGAACCAAAAUGCUUUAAAAUUAAAUUCUAUCCCUACUGUCAUCCUUUUGGUCUGAAAUAUAUUCCCACUUGAACACCAGCUCUUAGUUAAAUCAAGUAAAAUACUUCGUAGCAACUUUAGCCAAAUUAAAAAUUUUAGGCCCAGAGGAACUAGGCCCUAACCGUAGGAUUUUCAUAUUGAAUUAAAAAUACUCGUUUUAGUGUGAAACUCCUAAUACCUCGUUUUUAAUACUCAUUUUUUUAAUUGCUUCAUCAGGUUUUUAUAAUUUUUUUGUAUACUUAAGUAUAAUUUGACUGGUCUGAAUCAGUUUCUUUCAAUUCUAGACUCUACUGCUAUUCAAAUUUCGAUUGUUGUCUAGAGACAUUGACAAUCAGUUGACAUGACUUACCUAAUAAGUUUUUUGAUUACUAAACUAAGGCAUCUGUGCAUUCUUUUUAUGGCAGUUUAACGAUUGAUGAAAGUUAAUAAAACGAACAAAAAUAUCUUAAUUUCCUUUCUUUUAUUACAUACAUACAUUACAUAUAAAUAUUACAUAUAUAUACAAAUGUAGACACAAAGCAGAAGGAGCUGGUGAAAUUUUAACAGCUUUGUGUGUCUAAAUCAAUCUUUUCCAAUUACUGUUGCUGAAUCACAAAUUAAACCCUUAAUUUGUAAUCUCACAAUAAUCUUAACUUCAUAGUUUCACUGUGUAUAAUUAUUGUAAUAGAUAUCGAUAAUAUAGUUUAAUUAUCAGUUAUUCAACUUCAUGCAGGAUUGAACAAUUGCUAAGUUAUAUUUCAAUAACUUCCUAGUUCACAUUAUAUUUGUGUAAGCAUCAAAGUACAAAGUUUUAGCUACUAUGCAAAAGCCAAUAACCUUUUUGAUCAAUUGUAGUUUAUUUGUGAGCAUUAUAAAUUAGGGGUUUAAUUUGUAAUUUAACACUGGUUUUACAUAUCUUCAAUACAACAGCCAAGAAAUACAAUAUGACAAUAUCAGCAGAAAAAACCAAAUGUAUGACAACAUCUAAAUAUCCACUACGAUGUAAAAUCGAAAUUGAUGGGAAAAUAAUAAAGCAGGAAGCAAGGUUUAGAUAUCUAGGAAUAGAUAUAACCAGUUACGGAGAUGUUAAAGAGGAAGUACGACAACAAAGCUUAAAAGCAAGUAAAGCGGCAGGAUCUCUUAAUGACACAAUCUGGAAGAACAAACACCUAAGACAAGACACAAAAGCAAGAAUCUAUAAAGCAGCAAUUAGACCUAUAUUAACAUACACGGCGGAGACAAGGCCUGACAAAUCUAAAACGAGGAGACUACUAGAAACAACAGAGAUGAAAAUACUCCGACGAAUAUCAAGGAAAAGUGUGUUGGAUAGGGCGAAAACAUAAGAAGAUCAUGCAAUAUAGAAGAAAUAAAUGGAUGGGUGACAAAACGGAAACAGGAGUGGAACGAACACAUUAGUAGAAUGGCAAAGGAUAGAAUAAUACGAAUAGCACGAGAUAAGUCACCAAAUGUACGAAGAAGUAUUGGCAGACCAAGAAAAAGAUGGUGCGAUAACCUAAACAAUUUAGUAGGCUAAUAUUGAAGAAGAAACAAGCUUUAAAGCCUACAUACAAGAAGGAAGAAGAAGAAGAAGAAAUACUGUUCUUAGUUUUUAAACAAACGAUAAAUAUACUUAAAUAUAGACAUAUACAAAAGACUCAUCGCUCAAAAGCAUUUGGAUAGAGCAAUAAUAAAUAAAAUUAAUCGUCCAUAUGCAAUGGUCCCUCCAUUUUUUGUAGCAUUAGGUUUUUCUAUCCUCAUAUUGAGCUUACAUUUGUAACUAGCAAACUUUGACAUACCUACUUAGAUUAAAAGUACAAGAUUUAAUUUUACCUUUUAUGAUCUCUAAUAAAUUUUCUUACUUCUCAAGACAAGAAGUAGCCAGUUAAUGUAGUAUGUCCAAAAAACUUGGCAGUAAAGAGUGAAUGAAUUGGAAGAACGAGAUUCUCAUUACACAAAUACUGAAAGAAAAGUUCCUCACAAUAAUACUUUAUGUCUUAUUAUACGUCUAAUUAAUAGACUGAAAAUCCCUGCAAGAUUUCUUACAGUUAUAUCGCUAAAUAUCAUUAGUAUAAUAAAGAAUGUGUCACACUAUUUGCAUAAUUUAAUAAAUGUAUCAUUUAGACCGGCCACAAAUUGACACGUUGCUUGGUGACGUGACGUAGGGAUACAUGGUGACAAAAAACUGUUUGUGUAUUCUGUCAAUUCAUCUCUUUGAGGGCCAAAUAUCAUUCUGAGAACCUUCCUUGCAAAUACCAGCAGCUUAUUUAUUUCCUGCUGAUGUAGAGUCCACGUUUCACUUCCAGAUGUAACAACUGAGCGAAUAAUUGACAUGACAUGUACAUUGUACAGUCUUAAUAUAGCUUUUCUUUUUAGCAGCUUAGAUCUUAAUAAUGAUGAUAGGGAGUAUAAUGGUCUAUUCCCUGCGGCUAUCCUUGCUGAGACCUCUUUUUUAUGUGGUUGUUAUCUGUGAUUAAUGCUCCUAGAUAUUUAAACUCAUUCAAUACUUCGAAGUUGUGGCCAUUAAGAGUUAUGUUCUGCCUAACUCUUUGUCUUGGAUUUUUGAUUACUAGAGAGCGGAAUAUAUGCAACACAACAUUACCAAAAUAUGCGCAUAUAUAUGCAUUACUUUUACUACAAAUAUGCAGGUAUUUUUUCUAAAUUUGUCUAAAUAUGCAAAUGCAUAUUAAAAAUACUCAAAAAUAAAACAAUAUAUUAAGUCGUAAGAUCUUCAGAAAAGUUGCCUUCAAAAAUACGUACAACUUUCCUCAAACAAUCGAAGCCCUCAUUUUUUUCUAAAACAGUUUUUAAUUUAUUUCUAAUUGUAAUCCCUGUAUUUCCGGGAAUUUUUUGACAAUGAGCAGAAAAAGUGUUAACAAGAUUAACCGAAUCACUUAAUUGUAAAUUCCUUUGUUCUAAUGACUUUAUUAGAUCUGGUAAAAAACUAAAAUUAACUUUUAUGAACAUAAGUUCUUUAGCAAUUUGUACGUUACUUAAAGAACAAAGUACGUUACUUAAGCUGAAGAACAAAAGCGGAAUUGUCUACAAUUUGAUGGAUUUUUGUAUUUUGAUGCUUCUCUCUAUGUCCGUCUUUAUAGAAGUAAAAGCGAAUUUGUCGAAUAAAAACACUCUUUCUAGAAAAAUUUCUUUUGUGGGACAUAAUGCUUUUGUUUGUCAGUUCCUCAUUUAAAAAAUGAAAUGUGAAAAUGAAUGUAACUUACGAUUUUGGAACAGGCCUUGCAAAAUACUUUGUCUCCACUUAGCUUUAACUCGGGAAAACACUUUAUCCAAGCACUUUUUUGAAUGGGAGACAUAUUUAAAUUUAAUAUAUACCAAUCACUUCAAAAACACUAAAUACGAUACAACGUUUACUUUAAACAAAUGUUGGCCGGAAACUGACAAAAUAAUUAUUAGACCCUUAAAAGCAGGUAGGUACCUACGACUUGCUACGCUAAUAAAAUAAUAUUUUUCGGGAACACCCAUAAUUGUUAAAUUCAGGUAGUAAUGGGAAAGUCCAGAUGAGCGAUAGAUAGAUAAAUAACGAGCUCGUUUAUAUCGAAGUUAUAAAAUUCCAACUAAGAGAGGAAAAUUUUAAACUUUUGUAUAAUUUAUUUUUAAAAUAUGCAAAAUAAAUCGUGUUUAGCUUAAAUAUGCAAUGUUGUGUUUGUUGUCUGAAAAUAUGCAAUAUAUGCAUCUAUGUAUAUGCACUUUGCAUAUAUUCCGCUCUCUAUUGAUUACGAACGUGUAGUUUGUCUUUUCUUCAUUUAUUCGAAGGGCCAGACUACAUGUCUUCUUCCUCGAUUUCUGAAAAUAUGAAGGUUUAUUUAGAGAAAAUGCAGGAAGAGAUAAACCAGAUCGCUGAGGAGAUACAGAAAAUUGAAAAGGCGGAACAAAAAUUCGAGAAUUCGUUAAAAUUCGAUAUGGAAAAAGUGGAACAAAAAUUGAAGGAGAUAGGAAAAUGUCAAAAAGGAGGAGACCGUCGUGAAGUAAUUGUAUACAGCUCUAAUGAGAGCAGAAUCCAAUUUGGCGGGGAUAUUAGAAAAUGACAUCCGGUGCCUUUCAUUAAAAUCUUAAAAAUCAAAUUCCAACAUGCAGAUUUUCGAAGCCUGCAAAGAAAUUAUAACAAGCCUAAAACAAGGAGCUGCUUUGUGGUUUGAAAGCAAAGAAAAUGAGGUGACUUCAUGGAGAUAUUUUAAGACAAAAUUUUUUAUAAUGGUGCAGGUAAAACAGGUAAAAAUCAUUGAAGUUGUUAGAAUUAAUAUGCCGUGUACGUAUUACAACCGGACAACUAGAAGUAGAACUUUGAAAAGUUUAUUUGAUCUCGUUAAAAUCUAUGCACUGCCAACCAAACGGUUGCCCCUGCGGGGCCCCCGUUGGGCGGGGGCCCCGGGGCGCUGCCCCGGUUGCCCCAAUGGUAGUUACGGCCCUGAGCGUAUGGAGUAUGGGAAGCAACUGGACGAAACAUACACAAUGCCGAGACUAAUAGCAUUUUAGGAAUGUAGAUGGAGGGUCGGCGCUGAAUCUUUAAAAUUCCAAGAAUCAUAAUAAAAUUAAUUUGGCUUGGGGUACUCCAGUACCCCAGGUAGGGUUUAAAGAUGAAAUAUGAACAAGUGAGGUCUGGCAAGAUUAUUUUGCAUGCAAGUUUACUAGUUACAAAAGUAGAAUAAAAUAAACAUAUUAUGUUAGUGCUCUUUAGUGUAACAUGUAGUGACAUAUUCUUUAUUAUUUGCAAGCCUUAUAGUAUGAAUAUAUUACCAUUAAUCUGAUUUCUUACAUGGAAUGUCAAAUGUUUUGUUUAAACGUAGAUAUGGCAUUUAAAUUAAUAUUUCUUGUUUUAAAAAAAAAUAUUUGUUUCUUGUGUUCUCUUUUUGAUUUGUUUUUAGUAUUUUUGUUGUGAGCAAAAAUAUGAUCUUCACAUUUUGUACGCAUUAUUAAUAAAUUUUCCUGAACUUA